CCUAGGAGGGCCUGGGGUGCUCCGCGAGGGCCUUGGGGGUGCAGCAGCCCAACUGCCUAAGCAAGCCUCAUAGCCCGGCUCGGCUUGGCGGGUUAGAGAAUGCCGCCGCAUCGCUGGACGAUAGGGGGUACCCGGAGGAGGAGUGUUGGAGUGGGUAUAACUACCCAGGUCAGAGUAGCAUUGCAUUUGACGGAACCGGGCCCGACAGGGUGUGCGAGUCGCCAUUUAUUCGUUGGCGUUCUGAAACGCAGCACAUCUCCGCAGACUCUUCAACACUCACGGUCAAGCAUUUGUCUCGUAACGGCCAUGCCGGCUCCGCCCAAAGUAUGGCAUCAUGUUGAGAUUGUGCUUAUUCCUGGCAGAGCGCGAUACCCUAGUAGCAAGUACCGGUGCUUGACUGACGCCAUAGGAUAGUGCAACCUCACGUUUGAAGUCUGUCUGGAGCGUGCAGGUGCAGGCAAAUCGGCUCCGUCCCUUGUCGAUGACCGGGGGGGUGACGGGCUGACCCCUGGAUUUAGUUAGUUGGAUAAUAUAACACAAAUGUCCAGAUGAAGGUUGGAGGAUCAAAAAGUAUCAGUGCAAUCUUGGUCAGACCUUACGAGGGCCCUCUGUGGGUGGCGUAGCUCAGCGGGCUCUCGUACCUAUUAUCCUGUAUCUGUGUGAGGCAGCGAAAGUUCUUCUCCCCAAACGCGGCGUGAUUCCAUCCUCUCUCGUAUCUACAUCCGCCACUCGGGAAUUUUCCGGCCAAGAAGGCAGAUCAAGUCCUGCCAACGAGGACAAGAAGAACUGAGUCCCACAUCAUCCCAGCAAUUCUGCUGCAAGCUUGCGUUGUCAGAUGUUUUGUCGCGACCAAAGAGAAAAACUUCACCAAAUCUUCGGUCGAUGUUGUUUUUUACCUAAAAGGGACGAAAGGGGUGAAAUAGUCACGUGAAUAAAAUCUAGUCACAUGAUAUUUGACUAAGCAUUACGCCAAGAAGAAGCCAAGUCUGCGUCUCGGUCGGUAGGCGCCGCUUAUAUGCUUGGCAUGUAGCUAAUUUUAGCGGAUGAUCUUUGGCGCAGCCUUAUUUACUGUGAAGGAGAAGAGUAGACAAUGCCGUUUGCCAGACACUAUAGAUGAUAUACCAUGGUAGAUAUAAAGGGCUAGUAGGGAUGCGAGAAAAUAGCUGCAAUAUCUUUUCAAGGGGACUCGGCCAGGGCAUAGUCUAUAUCAGGGGCCAACACGAUAUAUAUAUACGUAAUGACAUACCCUUGACGGUUAACAGAGUGACUGCCAUUAUCAGGACCCCUAGCAGUCUCAUCCUCCUCAGUUGAAAGAGCUCCUCUAGAAUAUCUCCGUCAUCCGGUAAGGCCAGCGUGUGUUCCAAGGUACUGCAAUAUCAGGGCGAAUCGAUGGUAGAACAGAGUAUGCAGCGGUCUUCAAUAGAUUUAACCAUUGUCAAAUUGACAGCAGCGGAUUAUUGAAAUGAUUGGUUAAGGCGCUGAGUUGAACGAAUAACCGUGUUGAACUGGUGAUAGUGGUGAGCUUGCUAAGGUGUAGUUAUAUGCAGAAUUUGCAGCGCCUAUAUACGGAUGUAAGCUGACUAGGCUACAUAUUUUGACACCAUUUUAACAGGGCUAGGUUGCAGGCUUAGUCCAUUAUCAGUGGCCCAGAACUCCUGUAAAGCGUUGAUAACUUUUUCUCCUUUUGGGGUUUGCAAUAGCAGUAGCAGGAAGCUCUCGUUGACUAGAAGGAGAUUUUGAAUCGGCGUUUUUUUUUUUU